UGCAAAUUGUCUGGUUUCGAAAGACGAUUAAACUAGACUCAAGUUGCUAUAAAAGGCAGUUUUCGUUGCCAUUUUACGCAGCUGUCUUUGUAUCAGAGUCACCUUUCUAGACAGGUAAUCCUUCUAGAAUCUUAUAAACAUGUCCAAUGCAACCCUGCUACAAAAGUCCCGUCUAUUCCCUUCGCCACGACUAACAGCGCAAGUGUCAACGCCGCUGUCGAUUCUCGAUGCAACAGUCGCUCGGUUUCCACCAACUGGUGCUGUCUGGCUCUUUUGCGCCCCACGUCCGCUAGACACCAUUCUUCAACCGUCAUUCGUAGCUACGCUGAACUCCUUCCCGCAAUGGGCAGGCCAGCUGCAAUGGUCCCUAGUCCGCGAUGGCGGCCUCCACACAGAGCGUUUUGGGCGCCCGAUGCUAGUCCACGGCUGUGACUCUGAUCCCGGAGUUGAAUGGGUGAUCUCAAAGGCGGCGGAGACCCUCGAUUCCAUCGUUCCGAGUGCGCUUGAGCGGGUAGUGGAGAAGGCAACCUGGAUUUCCACAGACUUCCCAGAGCGGAUAUUCUUGUCUGACACGCCAUUAGCACUCCACAACCUCGUCGAUUAUGCCGGCCUACCAGGGAUGUCAGUGCAGAUCACAGAUUUUGCCUGUGGCGGCUAUGCCAUCGCUGUCAAGAUAGCCCAUCCACUAGCUGAUGCACAGGCGCUGAUGGUCUUUAUGCACCAAUGGGCGGCAACCUGCCGAGGAUCCGCCAAAUCUCCCAUGGACCCUCCCAUAUUCAACCCAGGGUUGCUCGACUCUUAUGCAGCAGGGAACAUUGACGGAGACUCAGCAGACGUGGCCUUAGUUAACACAGCGCGCCUCCUGCCGCUCCAUCGCUUUGACUGGUGGAACGAUGCCAAGGACCCCGCCUUUCCUUCGUUCCUCGCUCCUACAGGCGAAAAUUUAAAGCCUCCACUCCUAGGCGAGAAUUCAAAGUCUCUUCCUCUCUCACCAUCAACGUCUGCGCCAUGGACCACCUGGGACUUGACACGCCCUGUGUCGCAUGCUAUGCUACACUUUACUGAAGAACAAAUUAGUAACCUCCGUGCUAUCGCCCGCGAGUCACCGGGCUGCCGUCCUAACAUAUCCCGCCUCGACGCCCUCCUCGCGCAUAUCUGGUCUUCCAUCAAUCGUGCACGUAACCACUCUGACUCUGCCUGCGACGUCUUCCUCAACGUAACCUUGAGUGCGCGAACUCGUGUGCAGCCUCCUCUGUCAGACUCAUUCAUUGGAUCCCCAAUUUUCCUCACGCACAUUCGUGCAAGUGGCAGAGAAGCUAGUGCGUUAUGUCCAGGGCCGACGGCAAGCUUAAUCCGCGAGACACUCACACUAUUCACUCCGGAGAAGAUAGGAGCGAUGCUACACGAUGCUGCGUAUGAGAUGUCGCCACAGCGGCUGUGGCAGGCAUUCUUGGGCGACCGCCAUACGAUUGUGACGUCGUGGCUGAGGCUGAACGUAUACGACAUUGAUUUCAGUGGUAGCAUACCGAGAUAUGUGCACGCUGUGAUGCCAAAAAUGGAUGGAUGCGUACAAGUCAUGGACUCGAGCCAUGAAAUUGGGGGAGUAGAUAUUACCUUAUAUUUAGACAGCCUAGCAAUGGCGAGGCUAAUUCAAGAGCGGGAGAACUCUUUUUAGGCACGGAAAUACAAGACAAACUCAAUAGGCACAACGGGU